ACAGUUACAUAGUUAUUUUAGUUUCGAAUUCUACAACAGGAAGUAAAUUACACAAUUAAAAAUAACCAAUACGCUUUAUCAUAUUUAUGCGACUAAGUGUACAAUUGUUUCGAGGAAAUGUUUUUCAGUUUAAUGUGGCAACCAGUUAACUAAGUAAUUAAUUCUCUCAUCAGAAUCCUCGCAUAGUUGUGAUAUUUUCUAUAUAAAGUAUGUGAUCGAUGAUUUUGACUGUCCAGAAAUGACUGUCAUAUAAUGUCUUGGGAUAACCGACUGUUGGAACUGCCGUAUAAACCUUUAAUGUGACUGACAGAACGAAACAUGGAACAGAAGGUAACAGAAUUCCAGUCCGCCGUAGAUAAUAUACAUACAACCGGUGAAUUCAUUUUAAAACGACUCAACCAGUUACGUUUGUCAGAUGGCGGACAUAGCGACUGUAUUUGCAACCAUCGGACAGACACACUGAGCACAGAGAUCAUUGCGCUGCAGUCACAAUACAAGGAACUUGAAGAUAAAAUCAGUAAAAGAAAUGACAAUCAAUUAAGCGAUGGCGCUAAGUCGUUGAACGAAAGACUAGAUCUGAUAGAAAAUGCACUGUUUCCGGGCAAAACAGAACACUCAAAAACCAGGACUGAUCAUAUGACAAACAAGAACAAUAACGUACUUCAUAAGACAAAAUCAGUAGAUUGGGGUGGACAAACGGAUCCAGUUUUACUAGAUGCUGCAGUGAAAACGAAAACAAACGCUGAGGCUAAUAAAAAAGAGUGUCGAGAUUUACCAGCCGAAGUAGGUGAAACAUUUAAAUCAGUCGACGUAAGUGAAAGUAAACUUCUUGUGACUUCCAUCGAUCGGGAUGAGAAAAUGACUUUAGACCCCUUGAUUGGAGUCUCAGAAGAACAAACAAAUAACAGUAAGGAUUCACAAACCGGUAAAGAAUAUGUAUCAAACGAAUAUGAUGUAGCUAAGGAGAAAGCUAUACCAAUGAAGAAUGACAGUAAAAGAAAGAGAACAGAGCUGCCAGAAGGAAAAGAUAUGCCAUUGAAAACAGACGCGGAAAACAAGAGCGAUAGAGAAAAUAAACUGUCAGGAAAAAGCCGCGGCACUAUUACCAAACCAAACUUUAUGAAAACCAAACAACAAACAGUGAAAACGGUGAAACAAGAGGUAAAGUUGGUUUAUGAUGGAGAAAAACAUUGGCGAUAUGUUGCACAAAACGAGCUUGACAGAAGUCGUACCAAAUUUCAAUUCCUAGAAGGUGUGCACUCUAUCAUUUGCUUGGACAUAUCAGAGAGUAUGGCUCAGUCAAAUGCUUGGAGAGAAGCAUGUACAUUCUUGACUGACUAUCUUACAGGCCUAGAAAAUAUGUCAAAGUCAAAUUCGAUAGAUCUGAAAACCGAGUACGUUGCUUUUGUAACAUUUGGACACGAAACAAUCAUUCAACAGGGAUAUACGGAUAGUUACGAGGACGUCCUGAAAAGACUAGGUGAUGUAAAACUGGGUGGGCCAACUCAAAUGUAUGGUGGAAUUCUGAUGGCUUUAGCUGCAGCGUGGUCCUCUAUACAUCGGAUCGAACGCCUCGGUAACGGUUCCAAUGUUUUUACCAAAAUUAUUAUGGUGACAGAUGGUAGGCCAACAGAAUCAGAAUUAAUUGCUGGUCCAGAUAUUCCAGACAACAGUAAAGUUGACGAGACUAAAGCAAAAAUAUUACAAGAAAUGGAAAGAUUUAGGAAGGACCAUGAGGAUUUAUUCUUUGUUCCGGUUGGCAAUGCAGACCUGGAGUUUAUCAGUACCAUGGCCGCUUGUUCGUGCGGAAUGGCUCUAGACUACAAACAUGGAAAGCGGUUUGCGAGGAGACAAUACUUGACUGCAAAGUUAGUGGAUCCACUGGGUUUGAUGGCGGGCAUCAUGACACAUGGUUCUGAGUCUGAGCUUUCUAACGAAGACAAGAAAGACUUGAGAAAUAUACAAGAAAGGGAAAAGCGUCACUUUGCGGAUAAUGUUACAGGUGUAGGUGUAAGAGAGAUGUAUGCUGAGAGUAAAAGUAAACAUUUACCGCCCAUCGGAAGCCGCGUCCGUAGAGGUCCUGACUGGCACUACGGAACCCAAGAUAGUCAUGGUCUUGGAACGGUUAUAGGUCAUACAGAUGAUGAGCUUCAGGUAUGGGUGGAAUGGGACACCAAUGGACAUCAGAACAUAUACAUGUAUGGACUAGGAGGUUAUGAUGUGCUUAUAGUGGAUGAACCAAGGACGUUAAAACCAGGAGAGAUGAUUGCUGUUGGCUGUGAAGUGAAACCAGGCAAGGACUGGAGAAGUUCAGAAGGGAAUAUGAAUCGUGGGGUAGUCAUAAAGUUGGAUAAAAGAAACAAGAAAGCAACAGUUCGUUGGAAUAAUGGUAAAAGAGGAGAUUACACGUACGGCGACGGCGCCUUGCAGGAGGUAGACGUAAAGACGGAAGCUGAAAAUCUAAGUGACGGCCGCUACUCCAAAAAUUCGAGUUCAGCUUCAAGCAACGACUGGGAAACUUCUACAGGCAUGACCAUUGAAGAAUUCGCAGUUAAACAGAUGAAGAAUAAAAAUAAAAACUCAAAAUAGUUUGAAAAAAUUUUACCAACAUGUGAUAAAAUACACAUAGUAGCAUGGUCAAUUGAAAUAGCAUUUACAAAUAUGUUGAAUCACCAGUAAAUGUUGUUACCUGCGGCAUAUUGGAAUACAACAAGUAGUAUAGCACAUGGGGACUGAGUGAUUUCACGUGACUUUUUACCGAUAUGCGAUUGGCUUAUCGCAUUUAUGGAACGCCGUUUUAGCAAUAUAGCUGGCACUCUAUAUGAUAUAUAGUAAAAUAUUUGUGACCUGAAUUCCUCAUUUAUUAAUUUCAUAUAAUUUAUUCAAACUUUCAGCAAUGAUUAAUAUUGAUACCUAGUUGUGCAUAAGGAUUUUUGUGUUAAUUUCUCCUCAGUUUCCUAGAGUAUGGUCCUGUGUUGUCAACGAAGUGCUGGUGAAGGCAUGAUCAAAUUUGUGAAAGCUCUUGUAAAGUAUUUCAAUAUAGCCAAGGAAUGUAAACCUGUUGAGCUAAAAGUUAUGUUAUACAUGAAAGGAAAAUAUAGUUAUUUUUGCUUAAAACAGUUACUUUCAGAAUUAAGAAAUACAUAUUUCAUUGAUCUACUUGUAAAUCAUGUAGAACUGAGUAAUAUUUCCUACAUUAAAGCGUAAUGGUGUAAUAAAACGAAAAAAAACAAGAACGUUAUUCACCCAUAAGUUACUUUUUAGGCUGAGUGGUCACACAUAUAUACAUCCAUAACAAUUUCUGGUUUGUAUAACUUCUGGCCGCAGGAAAUCUUUCGACUUGUUACAUACUGGACUGGCAUUUCCGAUUUCUGGUGAUUUCACCUGUGCUGGGAAUCUCCAUCUUACAUGAUGACUCUCGUGCUGUAAAUAACAUAUAACGAACUACAUCUAUGUAGUAAUUUCGUGCAGUAAUCAUUAUUUUUACAUAGAACCGAAUAAAAAUUAAAUACCUUGUUAGUUCUUCGUUAUUCCACAUACGAUAUUUUUCGAAAAUAAAAAAAAAACGUUUCAUUGAAGAUGAUAAAACAAAACCUGCGCUUUAUUUGAUUCUAUUUUACCGUUAUGUGUAGAAUAUGGCAUGCAAGAAAAAGAUUCUAUCACUGGUUAUAAGUGCAGGUGGGAAUACCCGGCUCUCGUGUAAUUGUUCACGGGGUAACUCGGCAGUGCCUCAUUUACAGUUACACUCGAGCUUGGAUCUUUCGACCUGCAUCUACAACCAGUGAAAGAAUCUUGUAUUCAAACAUAAGUGAAAAUAUCCACUAUUACUGUUACUAUUAUAAAACCGCUAGAUACCCGUAUUUGAAUACUGACUUUUCAUUUGAAGAUUUUUGUUAUUUUAAGAACUAAAAGAUUCCGAAAAACCAUACAUUAAUUCACGUAUUUUUUUUUAUCGACGCCCGUUUUUAUCUUAUUUACAGAUUUAAAUGAGAAUCAUUUUAAUUUCUUCAACGAUCAGUUGUUUUUAAUGUGUAGUAUUUUUAUUUCCAUUAGUGAUGCUCAGUGAGCGUUGUUUUGUGUGUAGAAUUUCUAUUUCCAUUAAUGCUACCCAGUGAACGUUGUUUAGUGUGCAGAAUUUUUGCUUCCAUUAGACUAAGUGCUACCAUGUGAGCGUUGUUUUGUGUGUAGAAUUUCUAUUUCCAUUAAUGUUACCCAGUGAGCAUUGUGUUGUAUGCAGUAUUGUCAUGAACACCACUCGGUGAGCAUUGUUUUGUGUGUAGAAUUUCCAUAUCCAGGACUAUUUUUCAAUAAAAACAACUUAGUGAG